AUGGAAAGAGAGAGUGGAAGACAAGGAGAGUACGAGGAGGAAGGAGGAGUAAGACCCUAUCCAGGGCCAGAAUAUGACUAUUUGAAGGGUGCACCGGGUGAAAAUGGACUUCCAGGACCGAAGGGGGAACUUGGUGAAAAGGGGCACAAGGGUGAGCCAGGUAUUGGCCACAGAGGUCCUGUGGGACAGGCUGGUCCACCUGGAACUAAGGGUGAGCCUGGUGAACAGGGGCCUUCUGGAGCUCAGGGUAUCCAGGGUAUCCGUGGUAACCCCGGUAUUUCAGGUUCUCAGGGCGUGAGAGGCCAACCAGGAGACCCAGGAGAGGCGGGGAGAGAGGGGGACAGGGGUAGAAGGGGUAAGAAUGGAUCACCCGGGACUCCAGGAGCUAAAGGGAAACCUGGAAUAGAGGGUCCACCUGGUCUACCUGGGACGAAAGGAGAAAAGGGUGACAGUAUCCCGGGGGAACCAGGCGCCAGGGGUGUGGUCGGGAUCUCAGGUCGCAGGGGUGAAAAGGGCAUUGCAGGAGUCUUAGGAGCCCCAGGACACACUGGUCCAAAGGGCUUCCCGGGCAGCAAAGGAGCAAAGGGUGACAGAGGUUUAGCAGGAAUACAAGGAGAAAGGGGAAGCCCCCUCCAAAUCCAGGGACCGAGAGGCUACAAGGGCUUAAAAGGAGAAGGGGGAGAGCGAGGCUCCCCAGGUUUCGAUGGAGAUAAAGGAGAGAAGGGCGAGGAUGGGCCCCGGGCUUUUUGUUUGUUCUCCAUCUGA